CAGACGUCAAAAUCUGAAUACCUAUACCUCUGUGAUUCUGUGAUUUUGUUUUUUAGUUGCAAGUAAUCAUGGCUUCGGAGCGGUAUAGUUUUUCGCUGACAACUUUCAGUCCAUCUGGAAAACUAGUUCAAAUUGAAUAUGCCCUAGCUGCUGUAGCCGCUGGAGCUCCUUCAGUGGGCAUUAAAGCUUCAAAUGGUGUAGUUAUCGCCACAGAAAACAAACAUAAGUCGAUCCUCUAUGAAGAACACAGUGUUCAUAAAGUGGAAAUGAUUACAAAACAUAUAGGAAUGAUAUAUUCUGGUAUGGGACCUGAUUAUCGCUUGUUAGUGAAACAAGCUCGUAAAAUGGCCCAACAGUAUUAUCUAGUUUAUCAAGAGCCUAUACCAACAGUUCAACUCGUUCAACGAGUUGCCACUGUUAUGCAAGAAUAUACUCAGUCCGGAGGAGUUAGGCCGUUUGGGGUUUCAUUAUUGAUAUGUGGUUGGGACAGUGAACGACCAUACUUAUUUCAAUGUGAUCCAUCAGGAGCUUAUUUUGCCUGGAAAGCUACUGCCAUGGGCAAGAAUUUCAUCAAUGGAAAAACAUUUUUGGAAAAAAGAUAUAGCGAGGAUUUGGAACUUGAUGACGCAGUACACACAGCAAUUCUGACGUUGAAGGAGAGUUUUGAAGGCCAAAUGACAGCGGACAACAUUGAAGUGGGAAUUUGUGAUGAAGCAGGAUUCAGGAGGCUAGAUCCCUCUCAUGUGAAGGAUUACCUAGCUAAUAUUCCAUAAGGCAUUUAGGUUAUAUAACAAGAUUUCUCUUAAUUUUUUAUGAAACUCAUGUUUCACUUGAAUAAAACCGGAUUUGAAGGAAA